CGACGAUUGGGCGGGCUCAAGCCACUCGGGAGGGGCGGGGUUUCGGCCGCCUGCCGCCGUCCGCCCUGCGGCGCCUUCGCCAUGGUCGCGCCGACUGUCGUGGGCGGGAUCGCUUGUUGCUCGCCAGGCGCCACCUCUCCUGCCGCCUGUGGCCGCGCCGGGCCGCUGCUGGCUGGGUGGCGCCGCCCGCGGCGGGUGCCCGCCGGGGUGCCGCUCGCGGCCGGGGCGACGCCCCCGUGGACGCGGUCGGCGUCGGCGUCGUCGUCACUGGGGCGUCGGGCGACGGCCCCGUGGACACGGUUGUCUCCGCGGCUCGGCCAUGGAUGCCAGCGGCGUGGUCCCCAACUACAGCCUGGCGGAGCGCAGCAUGCGGUUGCCGCGGCUACCAACGCCCAGAGAAGAGCUGGAGGAGGGGUACACAUGCGAGUGUGGCCAUGCUGCCCCGGCCGGUUCCAACUUCUGUCCGAAGUGUGGACAGGACCGCGACCACGGCUCCGAAGCAGCCUCAGUGCGAUCGAGGAGGCUAUCCAUCCGGGUCGAGAGAGGCGAGUUGUGCAGGUGCGGAACCAUGUUCGUCCAUGGCGCGCAGUUCUGCCAGCAGUGUGGUGAGGAAAGGUACUUUGGCGAGGUUCCAGACGGUUGUCUUCGCAGUCGCCGAUUCAGCAGUGGCCGCGUGGAUUUUCCUCUCGAGGGGGCUGGAGGUGGAUUCUCGUCAAAUUCUGCGGGUUCUGGAAAGAGCAGCAUAAGAAGCAGUUCGAGUCGGGGAGCGCUCCUGGAGGAAACUGAGCAACUCGAGCGGGAGCUGCAGAUGAUGAAAUCAGAGAGAGAUGAGGCACUUCGCAGAUUGGAAAAGCUGGAGCGGAAAGUAGCCGAACGAACUUUGGUGGAGCAUGUGGCCGGUGCUUGGAUCGACAUGGCCGAAAAGUUCUACAUUGGCAAGAAGAUUUUCUUUUACAAAGAUGGUUGGUCGAUCGGGGAGUUUUUCUCGGAGCCAAGGCUUCAGUGGGAUACCAGUGAUGACGAGAAGAUCAUUCUGCAGGACGGCGAACAGCAGUGGGAGCUCAAGACGACAGUCGGCGACCGGCUGCUAAUCGGGGGCUGUGUCAACGGGGCCCGCGUGCAGUUCGAGCUGACCCGCACGGAGUGCAUCAGAACAGUGAUUGCGCCUCGCCUCAACAUUUACGACGCAGUGUCUGCAAGCGUGGGCGACCGUGACCACGACCAUGACAUGCGGUCGCCGUUCACGGUUCGCGGCUUCGACGCAUGGACCGAAGAGGCGGUACUGAAGGCCACGGCGACCGAGGUGGAGGCGUUCGAGGCCGAGUGUGAGCAGGAGGCGGCAAUGGCAGAGCUGGCCGCAGAGCGGCUCGGCGAGCUGCACGGGCUGCGCGGGGAGGCGCGCGCGGAGCUGGCGGAGCUCCGGACGGCGCACGAGGAGGCGUCGCUCCGGCAGCGGGAGCAGAUGCUGGAGGUCGAGUUCGCCGCGGCUGUGCGGACGGGGAGCCGGCUGGGCCGGCAGGAUUCGUGGCUGGGCGGCCAGCUCGGCCUGCACGACGAGGGGAGCGACGAGGAGAUGCGGGAGGAGCUCGCCGAGCUGCGCGCCGUCGAGGCGGAGCAGGCGCGGCUCUCGGAGGAUCUGCAGCACAGCCGGGCCCGGGAGUGCAUCGAGGCCACGAGCGCUCUGCUGGAGCGCCAGGCGGCGCAGGAGGCUCGCUCGGCGGCGGAGGCCCUGGAGGAGCGGGCCGUGGCGCUGUGCGAGGAGCUGCGGCGAGAGGGGCUGGAGCGGCGGGCCCUGCUGCAGGAGCUGCGGGAGUCCAGGGGCUCCAUGGCGGAGCGCGAGGCGGGUGGGCCUGCCGAGGCCAGGGAGCUCCGCCGCGCCUGCGCCGAGCUGAAGAAGGAGCUCGUGGGCGUGCGCGGUGCCGAGCAGGAGGCGUACGACCAGCUGAGCCUGCUGGAGAAGCAGGUGGCUCAGGUGCGAGCCGACGCAGCCAGCGACCGGCAGGGUGGCGAGAUGGAGGCCGCCGCAUUGCGCGCGAGGCUCGAGAGGGCAGAGCUGCUACAGAGGGGCGCCGCGGUGGAGCUGGAGCAGCUGGCCCAAGCGCGGCGAGACGUCGACGUGCUCCAGCAAGAGUGCACUCUAGCGCGAGGCGAGAUCCACGACGUUGCCGACAGCACGCGCGCCGAGGCGCGGCGUGAGGCAGAGGCGCUGCGGCACGAAUGCAGGCAGAUGCGCGCGGCCGAGCAACAGGCGAGCGCAGCUGCGAGGCGGCUGCAGAAGACCCUCCAGGAGCAGAGCGACGCCAUCGGCAAGGUGUGGCGAGAGUGCAGGGCGCAGCGAUGCGCUUGAACCAACAAGGCUGGCCGUGGCACCACGGUGCGAUCUCUCGCAGAGUUCUUGGUGGGCUUGUCUCAAGAUAAUCCGGCAAUCGUCCUCUGAAGAUCUUGACCUUGACGUCGUUGACGAUCCCUUUCGUGAGGAUCCCUCGUCAAUCAGCAGUCGACGACGGCUGCAUAAGAUCAUUCGCACCAUUUUCCGCUGCACGCGGCGUACCCUUUCUGCCAGGUCUUGCGUCAGCAUCCAUGUAUGACUGCCAUGGAAAAAGAUGCCAGAGACGUGCCCAACCUCUGGUCCACGCGAGCAAGAACAUGA